UCUUCUAUCUGUUUGACAUUCUAUUUCUGUAAGCUCGAAAAUAUGGCUCGUUUUUCUGGAAAGUCUAUUAUUAUAACUGGCUCUUCAAGUGGAAUCGGAAGAUCGGCUGCUGUGAUUUUCGCGAAGGAAGGAGCUCAAGUCACCAUUACUGGAAGAAGUGCAGAUCGCCUCGAAGAAACCAGACUACAAAUCUUGAAAGCAGGAGUUCCAGCUGAAAAAAUAAAUGCCGUUGUUGCCGAUGUUUGCGAAGCAUCGGGACAAGAUGAAGUCAUCAGAACAACUCUUGCUAAAUUCGGAAAAAUUGAUAUCUUGGUCAAUAAUGCUGGUGCUCUUUUGACUGAUGGAACAUCUAAUACGGAUCAAGCAGUAGAGUUGUAUCAGAAAACAUUCAAAUUAAACUUCCAAGCUGUAGUCGAAAUGACUCAGAAAACCAAGGAGUAUUUGAUCAAGACAAAAGGAGAAAUUGUAAAUGUUUCCAGUAUAGUUGCUGGUCCACAAGCACAACCUGCUUCCCCAUACUACGCAUGUGCAAAAGCUGCGCUAGACCAAUACACCAGAUGUACUGCAAUUGACCUCAUUCAACACGGUGUCCGCGUAAACUCGGUUAGCCCUGGAGUAAUUGCCACCGGUUUCUUGGGAGCAAUGGGAUUGCCUGAGACUGCAUCGGACAAGUUUUAUAAUUUCAUGGGCUCGCAAAAGGAAUGCAUUCCUGUCGGACAUUGUGGAAAGCCGGAAGAAAUUGCGAAUAUUAUUGUAUUCCUCGCAGAUCGGCGUCUCUCGUCGUACAUUAUUGGGCAAUCGAUUGUUGCUGAUGGAGGAUCGACUCUUGUCAUGGGAAUGCAAACACACGAUCUUAUGUCAAUUCUUAAUCAGUAAACUAGAACUUAUAUAGCGUAAUCAUUAUUGUUCUCUAAUUUAAUAAUCGUAAAAUACUCAAUAAAAUGCAUUGAAUACGCUU